AUGUCUCUGAAGUGUCAAAAGGAAGUGACCUCCUCGAUCUUCCUAAGAUUGGCUAAGGUUUCCAACGUGUGUAGACCACGUGGGGCCCUCAGGUCUAUUAACAGUAAAAGCAAUUAUAUUUAUGGUUAUUGUAUGGACAAAGUUACAGAAGACUCCAACGUUGCUAGUGACUCAGCAAGAUCAUAUUGUAUACAACAAAAAUUAUUGAAGUGCCAGCUGAGCACAAGCUAUCAGCAGCCUAAUAAUUUGUACUCACCAUUUUACGUUAGGUCUUUAGCUAAUGUAAUGGAGGUGCUGAGUUUUGCAACAAAUAACGUAACUGCACAUAAGGAUAGUAACUAUCAUACAAAUGCCCAAAGUGUCAAUUCAAUAUUUAAGCCUCCGAAAGAAAUGAAACACUGCGUAUGCCUAAAAGCUGUUGUGGAAUAUAAAGAGACUGCAUAUGGCAGCCGGGAUUAUUCUUUCAGCGGACCAACUAUAGCAACGAGAGCAGUUCUUCAAGGGACAGCAGAAUUACCAUGUGACAUCCGUCCGCCACGAGAAAAUGACUCUGCAAUUCUAGUUGUUUGGUACAAAAGCGAUAUUACACCUAUUUAUAGUUACGAUAUGAGAGGGAAACAUGCAGAAAAGGCUUCUCACUGGAAUGACAAAGACCAUCUAAACGACCGUGCAUUCUUCAGAACAGUCAAGGAGCCUGCAACUUUAAACAUCAAUCAUAUCGAAGAAAGAGACGAAGGUGAAUACAGAUGUAGAGUUGACUUCGCUAAAAGUCCUACCAGAAAUGCAAGAAUUCAUCUGACAGUUAUAGUGCCGCCAAAUAAACCAAGUAUCAUUGAUGAACAAGGAACAUCUGUGCCAACUGUAGCAGGUCCUUACGAAGAAGGUGGCGAAAUAAAAUUGAAAUGUCGUGUUUCUGGAGGUCAACCGGAACCAAAAUUAAGAUGGUGGCGCGGAGAAAUGCUUCUUGCUUCACAAGAUGAACCAGGAGAACUUCCGUCUGUAUAUACAAACACUCUAAUAGUGAGAGAACUUUCAAGAGCUGACCUUCAUGCGGUAUUUACAUGUCAAGCAUCCAACAACAAUAUUAGCCAACCUGUUUCAACAUCGGUUGCAAUAGAAUUGCAUUUGAAACCAUUGUCUGUAACAAUACUAAGCAGCGAACACUCACCUCUUAGUGCUGGUCGAAAAUAUGAUAUUAAUUGUAUGACUGUUGGAUCAAGACCUCCAGCAAAAUUGUCUUGGUACAUGGAUGGAAGGAAACUGACAAAUUACACGGAAAAGGUGUCUCAAGAUGGUAAUAUGACGAGUUCCAUACUAAUACUGAAACCAACUUUACUAGAUCAUGAUAAAGUUGUUACUUGUCGUGCAGAGAAUUCUAAAGUUCAAAGUGGUACUGUGGAAGAUACAUGGAAGUUAAACGUAUUUUUUGUUCCAAUUUUACGCCUAGAAUUAGGAUCGAACAUGAAUCCGGACGACAUAGAGGAAGGUGAUGAUGUAUAUUUUGAGUGCAAAGUUCAUGCUAACCCUGGUGCUUACAAAGUUGUAUGGAAGCAUAAUGGAAAUAUUAUACAGAAUGAUGCAAAGAAUGGUGUAAUAGUGCAACAAUAUGACUUAGCUUUGAGAGAAGUUACUCGUUCUCAAGCUGGAAAUUAUACUUGUAUUGCGAGCAACGUUGAAGGAGAUGGCAACAGUAAUACUGUCGAACUUAAAAUUAUGUAUAAGCCUAUUUGUAUACCAGAUCAGAAGCGGAUUUAUGGUGUAGCACGGCACGAGGAUGUUCGAGUAAUUUGCAGCGUUGAGGCAUAUCCACAUCCAGAUGGCUUUCGUUGGACAUUUAACAACACUGAAGAAUCAGUUGAUGUACCUCAGGCUCGAUACAGAAACUCUACACGACAUAGUCAGAGCAUUCUAAUUUACCGGCCAAUCACAGAAAUGGACUAUGGUACAGUGUCCUGUUUGGCAAGUAAUACCGCUGGCAAACAAAAGAAUGCCUGCAUAUUCCAUAUCAUCCCUGCUGGAAAGCCCGAGUCUCUAUACAAUUGCACACUGUCCAAUCAAACAACCGAUUCACUGUCAGUUGAGUGCUGUAUUGGCUUUGAUGGUGGUCAGCCACAGCACUUCCUUCUUGAAGUGUUUGAUCAACAUACUGGAAUAUUACAAGCAAAUAUUACAUCCAAGGAGAACGCUGCUUUCACUGUAUAUGGUUUAGAAUCUGGCAAGGUCCUCAAAAUAGUUUUGUAUGCCGUUAAUGCAAAAGGAAGGAGUCAGCCGACUCUGUUGGAAGGAUUUACGUUGAAGAUUGCCGAGAAGCAGACUGGAGUACCAAUACCUUUCGAAAUUACUCCAUUGUUAGGAGGAUUGAUCGGAGUGGUGACAGCAUUGCUUUUUGUUACUAUUGCUAUUCUAGUAGCCAUGAAAAUUCGAAAUGAAAGAAGAGCUCAGAGAACAAGUGAUCAGCCACUAAAGAAGAGCACUGCGCCAAGCUCUGAAGACCUGUAUGAUACUGAUGAUAGAAAUCCGGACGUUGUGCCAAUAAAUAAAGGUUCGGAUUAUCAAUUGACGGGAUCCAUAUCUGGCACUCCGUUGGGUGCACAGAAUACACCAGAUGGACUUUCCUCAACUUCACUUUCUGUACAGCAAGUGACACACCUACCAGGAUUAUCAUCAUAUGCACACGAAUACAAUAAUUAUCCAUCAAUACCGAUAUCAAAUGAGGUAGCAUACGCCGAGCUAUGUUUAACACGCCCAACAGCGUUGUCAACAUUAGUAACCGAUGCGAAAUUGACAAGUAUCAGUGGAAUUGGAAGUUUCAGUGCACUUGAUGGUUAUGGUAGUGGGAUGAUUGUAGGUGCUCAACCAUGCACAAGAGAAGCUACAAUCUAUGCUUGCAUAGACCACAAUGCCAAGCCAUUAAAAGUGGAUGCUUCAACCACUUCACCUUUCACAUUAGCAUCAUUAUCAACAAGAAGUACAUUUCAGGACUGUAAUGUUUCAACAAUGAGUGGAAAACAUUCGACAAGGGAAGUAGUUACUGUGCGUACGCCAUUAAUAUCAACCCAGGAAAGUUGUGUAUAG